AUGGCUUCCCAGGCUCGAUGGUCUGAAAAUAUUGGGUCUGCAUCUGGUGCAUCAGAGAUUAUACAGAUUGAAGAGAAAAAAAAAAGACUGAUAGAAGAAAGGGAGAAAGAUAUGGAGGUCAAGAGGGCCAUAUCUACAGACCAGAGCUACAGUAAGCAGCAAGGAGCAAAGGAUACAAGAGAGAAAAUAAAAGUGAAAACCCAGCUCAACAAGGAGUUUGAGAUGAAGGAUCUAGGAGGAGUAAAGAAGAUUCUUGGAGAUUAUGAUAAAAGGAGGUCCCUUACAUGCUAUGUUUUCAUUAUUGGUAGUUGUGCUAUUAGUUGGAAAGCUACCUUACAGACUACGGUUUCUUUGUCAACUACUAAGGAAGAUUGUACGUCUAUUACAGAGGCUUUCAAGGAAGCUAUUUGGUUGAAAGUGAAAAUGAUUGCAAAAAAAAUUAUCGAAUCUGGAGGAGGGAAGAAGCAUGAUUACCUUCAACUAGAUGCAGUGCAAAAUGAGCUUUGUAAAAUGCUUGAUGGGAGGAAGUACUUGCUAGUUCUCGAUGAUGUGUGGAAUGAAGAUACCUUGAAAUGGUCGAGACUGAAAAAUAUGUUGAUCGGUGGAGCCAAGGGAAGUAUGAUUUUACUGACUACUUGUUCAGACGUGGUGGCGGAAGUUUCAGGAAGUGCACACCAGCAUAAAUUGGGAGAUCUUUUAAAGGAAGACGCAUGGACAUUGUUUGGAAAAAUGGCAUUUGAAUGUAACGAAGAGAGCAAAAAUUCAAAUUUGGUGGAAAUAGGAAAGGAAAUUGUGAGAAAGUGUGGAGGAAUUCCUCUUGCAAUAAGGUCAAUAUGCAGCCUGCUACGCCAGAAAAGAACGGAGGAUGAGUGGAUUUAUUUCAAGAAUCAAGAGUUGUCAAGUAUUACACGAGGAGGAAAUGAUGUAAUGACCAUUUUGAGAUUGAGUUUUAAUUACCUUCCUCGGCAUUUAAAGAUAUGCUUCACAUAUUGUUCCCUCUUUCCAAAGGAUUUCUUAAUUCAGAGAUCUGAUUUGAUUGACAUGUGGAUUGCUCAAGGUUUUAUUCAAUCAACUACUAGGAACAGAGAUGAUGUAGAGGAUGUUGCAAAUUCAUUUUUCAUGAAUUUGUUUAGAAGGUCAUUCUUUCAAGAAACUGAACUAAAAGGACUUGUUGAUCUCAGAAAUAGUUUAAGCAUUAAGUUCAUGGGACGAGCCCAUGCAAUUGGAGAAAGAACACCAACAGAUGUAGUGAAAAGAAUGGAACAUCUUCAACAGAUUAGUGUAAAGUUCGAAUGUGGAAAUCAUGAGGAUGACACUGGAGCUGAUCUGAUAAUGUUGGAAGCCUUACAGCCGCACCAAAACAUUGAAAUCUUGGAAAUACUAAAUUACAGAGGGUCAAGGUUUCCAAGUUGGAUGAUGGUUGAGAAUCUUGGCUUUUUCCUACCAAAGCUUGUUGAUCUACGUAUAGGAUUUUGCUGUAAAUGCCAAAAGCUUCCUCUGUUAUGGAAACUGCCUUCUCUCCAAGGACUUGAACUACAGUAUCUCGAUGGACUUGAAGAUAUUGAAUCAAAUGCUUUGCCCACCUCAUCAUCUUCUCCUCUUUGCAAUUUGAAAGAUUUGAGUCUAGAUUCUGUUGAAGGCCUAACAACUUUCCCAGAGGAUGUGUUCAAGAAUCUCACGUUGCUCGAAUCUUUGUCUAUCCGAAACUGCAGAAAUCUGGUCUCUCUAUCUACAUGUCUUACUCAUCUCGCUUCUCUGGAAACUUUAUGUAUAGAGGAUUGCCCUCAGCUUGAGUUGUCCAACGAAGAGGCAAUGCAAUUUCAGGCCCCGGGGAACUUAUCAACUUUCAGUGUUGUCAGGCUUGACAAGAUUAUGUCGCUUCCACUUUGGCUCCGACAUUUCUCAGAUACUUUGAAAUCAAUGGACAUUACAGAAUGUCCUAACUUUGCAACAAUUCUAGACUGGAUUGGCUACCUCAUUGCCCUUAAUCGGUUGGUGAGGGAUGAUUCCCCUAUGUUGAAAUCCUUGCCAGAAGGCAUGCGAUCUCUCACAGCAUUACAAAAACUAAUUGUUAUCGGAGGUUAA